AUGUCAUCGUCAGAGCCCCAAGCCGAACCACCGAAGUUCAAAUUAGCGCAAGAGAGGGAACUAUACAAAUAUCUUAAACUCAACGAAGUUUUCCAAUCCGGCCCAAGCGUCCUCGACACGCCCGAGAAUGCGCAGAAUCAACAUACUGCCUACAUUCCCCGAUCGUCGCCAGAUACAGCUUUGACGGCCUUCGCCCAGUUAGGAGUUUUGAGGUUGAAGGCUCAACGUGCCUUGAUUUCGCUCUUCGGUCGGGACCAACAUUAUAUCCUUGCAGAGGCCACCCAAACACUCAGUCUUCAAGAUCACACAGUGGAGAAUGAUCGAGAUGCCUUAUGGUUGGGUUGCUGCGUUGUCCCCAAGGAGAAAGGGAUAUGUCAACGAGUCGCUUCCCUGCCGCAAAUCAAACCAGAGGACGACAAACAUGUGACUAAGGAGGGUAUCUACAUGGUACCUGAUCUGCGCGAAGAUGAUCGGUUUAACAAAUUGAACAUGGUCACUGGCUCUCCCAAAGCGAGGUUCUAUGCAGGCGCCCCCAUAAUCAGUUCCAAAGGGAUCACCAUCGGGUCCUACUGCAUUAUCGAUGACGAGCCACGAUCCGGAUUAGACCCCCCAUUGAUAAAGUUCCUGCAGAAUAUGGCAUCGACCGUCAUGACCCACUUGGACAUGGCCCGACUCAAAGCGGAACAUCAACGCGCAGAGAGAAUGAUUGUGGGAUUCGGAAGUUUUGUGGAAGGCAAGGCGACCCUCCGCAGGGAGUGGGUACAAGACACUGGGCUACGCCUAAACGAACAGGAACAUGACGAAGGUCAUCUGAAUAUACUGCAGCAAAAUGCACAAAUCAAAUCCGGCCUCCUCACGACUGUCCACACUCGCCCCUCAUCCCCGCCGCUGCAGUCACAACUAUCUUCACGAAAUAGUUCCGAGCAAUUCAUAUCCUCUGAUUUAUCGGGUGUACCAUCGCCGAGCUUCUCCCCAGCACCAUUUUCCUCAUCAUCAACGUCCGACAAGAGCUCAGACGCCAGUAUCGAUCAGACAUCAAGUCUUAAUAAAGCCGAAACCCAAACGAGUUUCUCCGUCCGAAGCACGGCAUCGACCGAAAAUCUACAAGACGACAUGCUGUCCAUCGGAGUUCGCCAAGUCUUUUCGCGGGCAGCUAACAUCAUUCGGGAGUCGAUAGAAGUCGAAGGUGUCGCGUUCUUCGACGCAAGCAUUGGGUCUUACGGUGGUCUCGUCAGCGAUACGAAGCGGAAGGGACCAGGUUCAGACAGCGGUACUUUAGAAAGCUCCAUGGGCAGCAGCGAUGAUAGCACCGGAUCUGAUUCCCAGAAAAGCUCCACAGCAUCAGCCGGGAAGGAGACAGUUCCAGAGAACACAACCGUAUGUGAAAUCCUGGGUUUCUCGACUUCGACUACAUCCAGUAUCAACGAUGAAUCGAAAGGAAGACUUGCCCUCCGGGAAGUAUUGUUAAAGACGCUCCUGCGGCGUUACCCACACGGCAAGAUUUUUAAUUUCAGCGAGGAGGGAUCGAUGUCCUCGGACGAAAGCAGUGAUGGACCCUGGAAAAGCUCGUUAGACCGUGAGAGUUCAAACUCGAUCAACGCCGACCUCAUUGGUAGACGAGGGAGAGGAAACCGGAAAAGGACACGCGGUGCCACGCUUAAAGAGGACGGAAAUACCCUCAUUCGACUCUUCCCGGGAGCUCGCAGCAUUGCUCUUCUGCCGCUGUGGGAUUCCCACCGAGCUCGGUGGUUCUCAGGCGCUCUAGUCUGGACGAACACCCCUCGACGGGUCUUCACGUCCGAGACUGAACUCACGUAUCUGGCGGCCUUCGGAAAUAGUAUCAUGGCGGAGGUACAUCGUCUGGAUGUCGAGAUGUCAGAAAAGGCGAAAACAAAUCUAGUCAGCAGCAUCUCGCACGAGUUACGAAGUCCUCUCCAUGGAAUUCUUGGCACAUCAGAAAUACUUCGGGACACGGCGAUGAAUGCGCUGCAGCACGGAUUGGUACACACUAUUGAGUCAUGUGGGCGGACAUUGUUAGAUACGAUCAACCAUCUGCUGGACUUUUCAAAGAUAAACAAUUUCCGGAAGGAAGGAGGCAACAAAGCUCCCCAUAAACGGAAAAUCCCUUCAAAACGACACAAGAAUACGGACCCAUCACCUCAUAGCCUGAAACCAUCACGAAGGUCACGGCAUACUGGGAUGAUUAGUCUGAAGUCUGAUAUCCAGCUGGAUGCUGUUCUGGAAGAGGUAAUGGAAAGUGUCUUCGCAGGCUACAGUUUCUACCACAGCCCACAAAGAUCAAUGACGAUAGACCGUCCGAACCACAUGGCACUCGACGUAUUAGGGCCUUUCCAGCAAGCAAGUCAAGUCAGCAUCAUUCUGGAUAUCGACGAAGGUGCCGAGUGGAGAUUCUCUACCCAAAUAGGCGCCUGGCGCCGCAUCAUGAUGAACAUUUUCGGCAACGCCCUUAAGUACACUAAAACCGGCUUUAUCUUAGUGGAGUUAACGGCAUCGCCUGUCACUCCUGUCACUCCUGCUAAAGACGCUGUGCCCGGAGGACCUUCUGAUUUUAAGGUGACCCUCAGAGUUAAGGACACAGGUAUCGGGAUGAGCAUGGAGUAUCUUCAGAGUAGUUUAUUCACUCCAUUCACGCAAGAAGACUCGCUUACACCUGGAAAUGGACUUGGGUUAAGCAUCGUUCACCAUGCGGUUCUGUCCAUGGGUGGUCAUAUCGAAGUCACUUCACUCCGGGGUCGUGGCACUGAAGUCUCGAUUGAAGUUCCUCUUACCCACGUGCCCGCUCAAAAAGCCAAUGCCAGCCCCUCUGAACCAGAGCCCAUUUUGAAAAUGAAACACAUUACACGUGGCGCGACCCUAGGACUCUUAGAGCUAGGAUCACCUGACAUAUCCGAUCGUGAUAUAAUUCUCUGUACUUCUUUGGAGAAAUUAUGCAAGAACUGGUUCGAGAUGGAUGUCCAUAUCCUGAAUCCAUUGGACGCUUCCUUCCCCUCAUGCGAUUUUUACGUUGUGGUGCAGACAGAUACCGAUUCAGUCAACACUUGGGAAUCGUGGUUAUCGAAAACCCAGAAUUCUUCCCAUAGUAAUGUCGAGAAUCGAAGAUCCCCGGUUGUGGUGAUUUGUCGGUCGCCGGAGGCAGCACAUCUCAUGUUCAUUGCAGCAGACCAAUCAAAUCACGAGACUAUUGUCGAAUUUAUCAGCCAGCCCUGUGGCCCACGAAAGUUGGCCAAGGCAUUCAACAUCUGCAUCAAGCGCCAGGAAGGUCAGGACCGUUUAUCUGAGAGUGGCCCUAAUAUGGAUCAAGAUUCACCCCGGGAAAGGGUUAAGUUCCAGUUGACGAAGCCUCUCCCAGUUUUCAAGGAGGAUAUCGAAACACAACGUGCAGAAGAUGAGAUGGAUUUCAAAAAACACAGAGCAGGAAAAAAGGCGAUAGAUGAUGAAUACCGCAAGUUGGACGAAACGGAAUACUCGCAGCAACCUCAUCUUUCUCAAAAUGAAAGUGAUGCCAUCGCUUUACCAAUUCGACAGGAAUUGCCCAAGAUAGAGGAGCCUACUCUGACAGUGUUGUUGGUUGAAGACAAUGAUAUCAAUCUGCAGAUAUUGGUUGCACAUAUGAAGAAAGAAGGAUACAGGUAUACGACUGCCCGCAAUGGUUUGGAGGCGUUGAACACUUUCAAAGCCAAUCCUACAAAAUUCGGAGUAAUCCUGAUGGAUAUCUCCAUGCCUGUAAUGAACGGGUUCGAAUCUACUCGGCUUAUUCGCAAGGCUGAGCGAGAGUAUCAGAGCGGACUCGAUAUCUCAGCGAAAGAAUCAUUUACACCUGUGACUAUUGUCGCUCUGACUGGCCUUGCAAGUGCUAGUGAUCGACACGAAGCCUAUGGGUCAGGAAUGGACCUUUUUUUAGCGAAACCGAUCCAACGAAAACAAUUAUUCACGAUAUUGAAUGAGAGAAACCCAGGCGGGGUCAAGAAACCCUCUCAAUGA